AUGAAGUUUUUGGUGUUCCUGGCACUGGUGGCAGUUUCCACCUUCCUGGUUUCUGGCCAGGAUACAGUAACAGGUCCUGCUAGUUCUUCUCCGGCCACAGAGUCCACUGCGGCUGCGACAUCCACUGCUGCUCCCACCACAUCCACUGCGGCUGCGACAUCCACGGCUGCUGCCACAUCCACUGCUGCUCCCACCACAUCCACUGCAGCUGCGACAUCCACUGCUGCUCCCACCACAUCCACUGCAGCUGCGACGUCCACUGCUGCUCCCACCACAUCCACUGCGGCUGCGACAUCCACGGCUGCUGCAACAUCCACUGCUGCUCCCACCACAUCCACUGCUGCUUCCACCAGAACCACUGCAGCUGCCACAACCACCACUGCUGCCAAGACCACCAUGUCCUACGAAGACUGCCUCUUUUAUUUUCGUUUUACCCCAUGGCUUCGGUUAGUUUACUGCUAA